AUGAGAAAAUCGAAGAAAGACAGUAAAGUUGCAGACGAAAACGAGAGCUCAAGGAAGCCUAAGGGACGCCGGGAGAGGUUUUGUAACCCUUUCAAGACUUCGAAGGAUGAGGAAUAUCCUGAUGGCAGAUACGAUCUACCUUUGGUCGAUUAUCAACCCGUGGCAAACCCCGAUAGGACCUUUGUGUACGAUGAUGGCGCUCUGGAAGUCAGCGACACUGGGGUAACCUCUGUGUCACCUCGUGCUCUGAAGAUUUUUGAAGCGAUUCGUGAAGAUGAAGUGGAACUGGUCCUGGAAGAGCUCAGUAACCUGCAAGACACUCAUGAGAUCGACAAGAAAGAUGGCCAUGGCUUCGCCCUUAUUCAUGUUGCAGCACGAUACAAUUUUAACAGAAUCGUCCACACUCUGUUAGAUUAUGGGGCGGAUAUAAACAUUGGUACCAGUCAGUUUAAGUGGACGCCUCUACACUUAGCCGCCAGGUGUGUUCAAAUUGAAAUGAAAUCCGCAACAGUUAAACUUACGUGCUUUGAAUUUAACAUUCGUUUUCUUUACAUGUCACCCGUUGAACAUUUACAUACGAUCACGAAAAAAAUCAAAACUCGUUUCUCUCCUCUGUACUUCGGUCAACAUAAAAGAUCAAAUUGCUGAUUUUAGAGAUUUAGCACGGGGAUGUUUUUUCCUCCACAAACAAACUGUUAUAUUUCGCUCUAAACGUCGCAUCUUUCUGUUUUGAAAUAUUAUUGUUUUGAUCUGCUUUGUUUGGUAACGCCAUCUUCAUAUGGCUCACUUGAGGUUUAGUAUUUCAUGUUAUCAUGUACUUGUUUUUAAAUCUGUAUUUCCGUUGAGCUCUGACAGGAUAAUGUGGGAAGAGUGAUCCUUUGGCCAAAGUGUUGAUAAAAAAAUACUGUAUUGUGUGCUUUGUUAAAAUUUUUUGACGAUCAAAAUUUUGACAGAUUAUGUAAAUUUACUGGAUAUUGGAUAUGGUUUUGGUUGUGAUUAGCAUAAUGCUGUAACUGAAAUAGGCUUAGUGGAAACUAUGAACAUUUAUAUCGUCGCUUCAGUUUAUAAGGGUCAAACUAUGGAUAUUUCAGAACUGAAUCCGUCAUACUUUUAAAAUAUGUUUUUCCUUUCUUUAUUUCUCUGGUUUUAUUGCCUUGGCCUGAAUAAUUUUUACGCCUAAGGAAUUUUUCGACUGUUCAAUAAUCUAACCGUUGCUUUUUAAGUUCGCCAUUUACAGUCUUGUAAAUUGUCGCUAUGCUUGCCGUUCUUCUUUGUAUUGGUAAUUUUUUCCCACCGAUUGUUAGCUUAAGCAAAUAACUAUUGCAAAGUUAAUCCCAUCCAAACACAACAGUCAAAAGAAACAACUCAAAAUGUCGAAAUUGUUCUUUGACUUUGCUAAGUUUGCUUUGAUUAUAAAGUCAUAAAAUUAAAGGUGUCACAUCUUUAAGACUUUGGAAAAUCGUCAAAUCCCAGUUGGCUGUGAAAUGUUCAGGCAAUAAGUAUCUAGAAGUGUAUUAUACUUGUAAAUUACAUAUAUGUAUUAUUAUGCUUCUUACUAUACUUUCACUUUUAUGGCACUUAUCACACAGGUUCAAUGGUCUCUCCACUGUAAACGUUCUUUUGCAACGAGGAGCAGACCCAUCCAUUAAAGGCAUCAAAGGAAGCACCCCACUGCACUUCGCAGCGCUCCGAGGAAACGAAGAGAUCGUAAAAGCUCUUCUGGAGCAUCCUUCAGUAAAGAUUGACGAAAAAGAUGGCUCAGGACAAACUGCUUUGCACCUAGCUUGCGGCGAAGGACAUAGCAAAGUUUCCCAAAUUCUCAUGAAUUAUGGAGCAGACAUUAGGGCAGUUUCGGCGGACCGGUCGACACCCCUCCAUAAUGCCAUUGUACAUGGACAUUCGCAGAUCGCAAGACUUGUAUUUAGGCGAGGUAGGGAGAUAUGUCUUACAACAUACUAAUCAUAAUUAUGGUAAUAAUGAUGAUAAUGAUAAUGGAGAUGAUCUCGUUUUUACUAGCCUCAGACAACGAUGUUGACACUAACACAAAGGAAAUGGUGGACAAUGAAGAUCUGCAGAAUAACACAGUUCUACAUUUGGCGGCGUGGAAUAAUGAUGUGAUAACCGCUGAACUUUGUCUUGAAAAUGGCGCUAACGUCAACUCGAAGAAAUGUGACGAAGCUAGUGCACUGCAUUUGGCUGCAAUCCGAGGGAACCUAGAGGUGGCUGAGUUGCUGAUAUCUCGAGGGGCUUUUGUUAACGUUAAAGACGGAGACUCCAAAACACCUCUUCACAGGUAUGUCCUUGAGAAUUACUUGCUUCUCCACAUUGUGUUUGCUGUUAGGGCAAGACUUUCCUCAAGCCUAACAUUUGGUUCCACAAAUGGAGCUGUUUUAAAGUAAAAUGCUUGUUAUGAAUAUUUGUUUCUUGAAGAAAGUAGAGAACUGAGUUAUUGAAGUUUAAGACUUGCUGAGAAACAUAGUGGUAUCCAGUACCACACAAACUCGUUCUCAGUGAGCUGUUAGUCAGUGGGAAGCACUAUGUGGAUGAGGCUGUGGUAGUGCUACCGAAACAGUCAUUCAGUAGGAGUCACAGUAAGCUGACGAGUUUUAAAGGCAACCAUUCAAUUACGUAGGUAACAUCAUGUCAUUAGUCGGACGAUCGUCAGCCAGACAGUUGUAGGCAUCAAGCUCGAUAACCUAAGUUUGUUUCCUGCUAAAUUUUGAUUACCAAUCCAUGGCGAAUUUACUAUUUCUCGGCAGGGCGGCUAUGUUCAACCAAACCAAAUUUAUUGAACUUCUUUUGGCGAAAGAUGCCAAGCUAAAUGCACGUGAUGGCGAAGGCCGCUCGCCAUUCCUGAAUGCAGUUGCUGCUGGUCACGUUGAAGCAGCCAGGGCUCUCCUCCAACAUGGAGCUGACAUCUCUGCAACUGAUUUGCUCAUGAAGACUUGUGUUCACCUCGCGGUAGAGAAUGAACGGCUCAAGAUGCUUGCUAUGCUUUUAGAGACUCGCGCGGGUACUAAUAAUUUGUCCAAAGCAGAUCUGUGGGAUAGGGUCCCUUUACACAGUGCUGCCAUUACAAAAGACAUAAAGGUAAAGAGAACUGCGGUGUAAAUGGUUCAUGAAUAGUCGCAAAGUAGUCUUCUUUCUGUAUACACAGUUGAUGUCUCUGCUACAGUCAUUUAUCAAAACAAUAAUCACGGCCGAAUUAAAUAUAGUAUAUACAAACUCGAUCGCCAACCAAGCUCCAAAUAUACAUUAUCCCUUUGUUAACCAUUCCCCGCUUUCGACAUGGCUGAUCCUAGCUGCUGGUAAAAUGUUUGCCACAUAUGAACCGAGUAUUUGGCAUAGCUCGUCGUGAGUUUCCAGUGACGCAUAGAUAAGUGAAAUAACCAUAACAUUGGAGGCUCGGAGAUUCCAAUCCUUAUUGAGGCCCAUACCUUUCUUUUCAUUCCUUUAAAAGUAAUCUAUAUUAUGUGUUAUGUUUAAAGUAAAAGCCCGAUGAAAUAACUUCUUAAUAAUGUGUCUAUCGUACAGAUUCUAGAGCUGAUAUUAUCCAAGCAGAAGCAAAUGUCCUACCGAGAUGUGAAUCAGAAAACCCCUGUCCAUCUCGCUGCAGAAUCGUCUUCAUCUAAACACGUUGACUUGUUAAUGAAGCGGAUGUGUGGCGUUAACGAUCGAGACGACCUUGGGCGAACCCCCCUUCAUUGUGCGGCCAGGAAAGGACAGCGGUAACAAAAUAAUCGAUUAUUUUUACAUCACAUUCGGUGUUAAGCGACGUACGGAAUUAAAAACUUUACGAAAAAGAUUUCGUUCAAUGCAAGCUAUUACAACAGCUACAAGGUGAUCAAUGUAGUCUUACUGAUCUCUAAUUAUCGAAAUAUGAAAAAUCAUUUCUUACGACAUUCUAUUUCCACUGGCAAUCUGUUUUCUGUGAGUUCUUAUUUAGUAAUUCCCGAUUCUUAAGUUUCUGAUAAAGCCACCUUCCAUUGCCUCUUUCGACUACAGUUUUUUUUUUGUUGACACUAAAACGGAGGAUUACGUGAGCUUGGGUCGCGUAGGAUAAGACAUGAAAAAACCUACUUAUAAAUGGAGAGAAACGUAGAAACCCAGUAUAUUUUUUUCAAUCUCAAGGGUGCAGUCUAAUAGCAGUCCAACGGUCUAGUGCUAAAUUUACUGUAAGUGACUUUUAACUUCGAGUUACGAAUCUUUAGGGGCCUUUGUGGGUGUAACCACCAAUGAAAUAAUGCUUUUUGUGUUUUGCUCAUUGCCAUGUAAUUGAUUCCAUCUUCAUAGGAAAGCUUGUACAGUACUCUUGAGUAUGGGAGCUGAAAUUAACUGUAGAGACAACAAUUUCCAAACUCCGUUGAUGUUGUCAGUGAAGGGAAACCACGCCAAAUGUGCCGAGCUUUUGCUUGACCACAAAGCUUCUGCCGACCUUUGGGACAACGAUGGUGACUCUGCAUUACACAUGGCAUGCGGGCAGGGGCGUGGAGCUAUCGUGGAACUUCUUCUGGACCGCGGAGCAAGCGUAGUGCUAUUAAAUAAUAGAGAUCAUGCAUGUUUGGAAACGGCAGCUAAAGCGGGCUCCUGCGAGGUCGCCAUGGUAUUUGUGAAGCACAAAAGGUCAGUUUUUUGUCGUUGUAGUGCUUAAAGAAACCAUAGAUGUGGUGAAUUAUCAAAUAAUGCUUUUUUCCGAUACACCAAUUCCAAAUGAGUAACCGGUUACAGAGGUUACAGAGGAACCCCAAAAGACAACCGAAUCUCCUUAAAUAUAACGACUUUUAAAUUUUCACCCAAAAUGUUUGUGUAGUAUGGUGCAACAAUAUUUUUCUGGUUUCCUGACGCUUAACUCUUCUAUUUAAUUGUUUGCUGUUUAUCCUUUUAAGGUGGACAGAAUUGGAAAAUUACAAAACAUCAACAGGCCAAGAUGCCAUGUCACUCCUUGUUGAGAAUUUUCCAGAUGCAGCUGAAGUUUUGCUCAAUCAUUGCGUGCAUCACUCUCCGCGCCUCAACGUUUCCGAUCCAGACUUUGCGGUUACGUAUAAUUUUAAAUAUCUGGAUCCUGGCCCAGACGUUCAAGAUUGCUGUAGAAGAUCCAGAUUCUCAGCUCUUGAAGCCAUGAUCAAGCACAAUCGGCAGAGGCUCCUUCUUCAUCCACUCACGCUGAAGUUCAACCAAAGGAAGUGGAGCACAUUAGGAAGAUAUGUGUUCAUCUCCGAUUUUUUCACAUACCUCUUAUUGAUGAUACUCAUCACUGCAUUUAUAGUUGUUCAGAGGGAGGGCCAAAAUUUCAGACCAGUGAAGAGACAAAUGCCAAGGCCAAGGCAACUUAAAAACGCGAUGGAGGAUGAUGAAGACGACUACAAGCCUAAACCCUCUGAUAUUUAUCCGACGAAAACACCUUUUACGCAAGCUGCACCAGUUAUAAUUAUGAUAUUAUCCUUAUUCCAUAUCAUUAAAGAAUUUUUCCAGAUUUAUGUUCAACGCUGGAAUUACUUUAAGGACGCGUCCAAUUACCUUGACUGGAUUCUAUAUUUCUCUGCUGCAAUUUUUAUGGUUCCCUACCUUACUACAGGAGAAAACCUCGACGAUUGGUUUGCAAGCAUUUCUGAUCCACGCUUACUCUGGACAACUGGAAUUUUCGCAAUCUUCGUGUGCUACAUGAACAUGAUGCUCUUUCUCAGGAGGUAUCGUUUAUUUGGCACUUACAUCUCAAUGUACAUUGAAGUGACUAAGACGGUUUUCCAGGUGUUGCUGGUUUUUAUUUUUCUCCUCUUUGGGUUUGCCCUGGUGUUCCACAUCCUCUUCAAAGAGCAGGUAGGGUGCAUCAUAUUUUUAUCUUCUUCAGCAAAUUACUGACGUAUUUUUCGCAAGCUACGCAAUAGAAGCGUGCCAGUGGUUGGGAAUCAUUGUUAACAAAGCGCUCAAGAAUAGUCAGAUAUAACAUUAUGGGAUUGAACUAGGAUGGCAAAGGAAGAAAAUUUUCUAUUGUUGUUGCUGUAAAAUACAAUCAAAAUUUGCUGCCUCAAGAAAAAAAAUCAUAAACAAUAAACAUGUCUCGCAUCUUAUUGCAGACUGGAUUUCACACCGUGCAACACUCUUUACUGCGUGUAAUGGUUAUGAUGAUUGGGGAGCUGGACUUUGGCUCAAUCUUUAUUGAUUCAAUCGAUGAAUACAGGAACGAUAAAAAGGAGCGGCCGUUAAAUCCAUUUCCACAAGUUGGGUUCUUCUUCAUCUUCCUAUGUUUGAUUUUACUGGCCGUUGCACUCAUGAAUCUCUUGGUAAGAAAAUUUGAUUCAAUAAGUUUUUGAUUACACAACAGAAUGUCUUUUUGAUCUGCAACCUUACCAAUAUUUGUAAAAUCGAUGUUUUUUUUUGUUAUCAUAUGUGCAUUUGUGUGGUUGUGGCACUGAUUCAAGAGCUUAUUUCGUUUGGGUGUCAAAUGAAAAGAAAGAUAAUGAAAUUGGCCAAUCACAAAGAAGAAGAAAAAAAUCCAGUUGUACUUGAGGUAAAAGCCAGCAAACUGGCAAAAGCGCGGAGUUCUAAGCUUUUCUUUUGUUUUAGGUCGGUUUGGCUGUUGGGGAUACUGAGCAAAUGAAGAAGUUUGCAACAGUGAGAAGAUUGGCCAUGCAAAUUGAGUAUCAAAUUGCAAUAGAAGAAGCCUAUCCUUCUUUCAUCAUCCGCAGAGUCUACCAGAUGGUUUACGUCGAAAAACCAAACAAACACUCGAGACGCAAAAGGUAUGAAAGUAGACUAAAUGAUCACUUCAGUCAAUUUUUUUAAACAGAUGAGUAUGAUAAAGUUCAUUCAGUGACAUAGACGACGUCACCAGGUAAUAUAAAUUAAAAGUUGGACUCCGCAUUAUGUCUAAAUGGAAUGUACAAGGGCAGCACCUGUAUAAAGCGUUCACCUAUGGGAUUGGCAGGGUGACUGUCUAACACAGGUUGAACGUUGCAGACACGUUUUUUUUUUUUUUUUUUUGGUUUUGGUUUUUUGUUGUUGUUUUUUUUUUUUAUCUCGAUCGUCCAGUGGAGCGUUGAGGAGGACGACACAAUAAUGAGCAAAGUUGCCAAAGGCAAAGGAAAAACCCGCGGCAAAAAUGGAAAAACCGGAAAAUGUGCUGAGGAGCAAGACAACAAAUCGACCGACAGCUUUCAAAAUUACAUUCGAGGCGAUUGUUCAUGUUUUUGUAGCAAGGCAUGCAGAAAGAAAAGGAAAUCUCGUUUUUAACAUUAUGUAUGGCAAAUUUUGUUUUGACGGUGACUUCUUUGUUCGAAAUUUGGACGCCAGCGUGGAGCUCCGCCACUGCCAGUCGCUUUCACGGAGGAUUUUUUUCUUUUCUUGCCAGAAUGGUACUCUUUUUCUCUUCUUUGGGCCUGUAUUUUUUUCUUUUCACCAAGGACUUUCUUCCGCUUUUGAUUUUUCCAUGAGCAAAGAUUCUGUAAGCAAAGAGCUUCCACGUGUGAAUUUUGUGAAGUGCGCGAUGUAAACAAAAUAUGGGAAUAGCAUUGAAAUCGAGCCUCAACAUGGGAUUCGCCCAGGUCCGAGAUUAUUACACCUUCUUGAUUUAUGAACUUUUAUUAGAGAAUACGUGUUUCUAAAUAACUCGGUUGCUUUAAAGAUUUCUGGAAAAAAUUUAUGGAAACGUUGGGUUGAAUAUUUGAAUUCGGUUUAGUCAAAUAAAACAAAAAUCGAUAUUUUCGGCCUCUCAAGGUGGGAAGUGACCUUAAUACAGGUAUAUAUGAUUAUAUGAAUGAUUAUCCAAAUUGUUCUGAAUUUGAACUCAAAGUGCUAACAUUGAUUCCGGGAGAUAAAUAUGUAAUAAAUUUGACUUGAGAGAUUAUUCGUAGUUGUAUUUGAGUGGUUCCGCCUUGAGUGACCGCUUAAUACAGGUGGAAGACAAUACAAACAGGCCAUGGGGGCUCAGUCAAGGGUGACCACGACCGCUUAAAAGAGAAAAUUACGGUACUUAAGGGGAAAAAAAAUUCGGAACUUUGACGACCGACCACUUAAUAACUGGUGCCGCUCAACUCAGGUUCGACUGAAUUUCGAUUCUUUUCAUGCUCUUGAAACCAGAAUUAAUGAGCUAUUACGUUGUGAGCCUCAGGGCUGAUGUGCAGGGUACCUCUUAACUUGAUGUGAUGUAGCUUUGCUGGCUGAAGCCUGUGGCUUGCCCAUUAGAUAAUAAUGAUGUCAUCAGUCAAUCUCAGCUUGCAGAAAAACGAUGAAUUUAAUCUUUGCUCGUUUGCGAUUCUUUACAGAGUAAUAGACUGGUUAUAUGCAUGGAUUGAUGAAGCCACUCCAGAGCCAGUUGAUGAUGAAGACAGCAAGCCAAAUGAACUUGCCGUGCUACACGAAGAGAUGACGAAGAACAAGAAAAGGAUUAAGACGAUGAUGGAAAUGCUAGAAGCACAAAACAAUUUGCUUAGAAGUCUAGCACACAGAAUAGACCCCAGCUUUGAGCUACCGCAAGGGAAUGAGGAGGCCAGGGGAGGACGUCGCAUGGAUGGUGUGGAUGGUCCAGAUGGAAAACAUGGCCCAUCACGUGAAGGAGGAACAGAAAGCGAAGUACCGACGGAUGACACAAGCGCAGAAUUCACAAGGGAAGACAAGGCAUCAAAUUCUCUCUUCGAGGGUGGCUUGUAAUUCCCGCUUGGUUCAACGCACUCACUGGAGGCAGUUAAAAGCAUCAAAUGAUCACCCAACAACGUGCUAGAAACGGACGAAUUAAAUAAAAAUGGGACUUGUACCAACAACAACCCUCGCCCGAGAACUUUUUGAUGUGACAAGAAAAAGCUGUAGGAGUAGUUCCUUUUCAGUGAAAACUUCUCACAUGUCAAAGCUUUGCCAAAUGUAUUGCUAAAGUGCAUCUGUGGUUCCAUUUACUGAAACAAUCCGAUAAAAGCGGUAAUGUGUGGACUAGCUGAUGGCCUGACACUUAUUUCUCCUUUACGUUUGCUAAAAACGAUAAGUGUUAAACAGGAAUAUAUUUAAACGGGACGGAAUACGCUCAAGGAGACUUCGUUCCCGUUCAUCAACAGAACGACUUUCUGCCGUUACGUGUUUAAAUGUAUAAUAUGAUUUGAAUAUUUUGUUAGUCAUUUUGUAAUAAUACGUGUAGAUUGCGUACAGAGUUUUUACCCAUGAUUAGCGGUAGAUACCCAUUGCAUAUAAAUGGUCUCGUAGAAAACCUCGAUGAAAUCGUGUGAGAAUUAGUUAAAGCGUUUUCAUAUUAUGGUUUAGAACGAGUGAACACUUGAACAGUACCGAUAGUAACGUUGUUAUAUUAGAGAUGUAACAUCCGUUCAUUUGUAGUUGAACCAGAUAACUAUUCUUUGGCCGACCAACCGAACAUUUCACCAUUCUCAAAUACAUUAUAAUUUUUUCCCUUAUUAAUCAAAACUAUAACAAAAGUUUCGAACGUGAUUGGUUAUCACCAGCCCAAUUUGAACACUGAUAGUACAGUGUACGCGUCAUGCUUGUAAUUGGACAAUGAAUGAUUAACUGUUUUCUUUCUUGCUGGUUAGAAUUAGUAAGAUUUCUUUCCGAAAACAAAUCCGUAUGGAUUCAAGAUCAUAUCUAGAGAAAUAUUUUGAGACCUAACGACAUAACGACCUAACAAGAAUUUCAGCGUCUCUCUGUGAGCAUGUGACAGACUUUUACCAGAUGGUCGAGGAAUUCUACACUUCUAGUUCAUCAACUUUUCAGUUGUUCUGUCGUGAACUGUUCGUUUUAUUUUGCCAAUGGAAAAUCUAUUUCAAUCUUUGCGUGGCACAGGGUACGUUAUGUUCUUGAAUACCAAUCAAUUAAACGUCUGCAAAAUUGUAACGGUCCAAUGGCUUUUGGCAGCGAUUCUUUUAUUGAAGCAGCUACAAUAUUAUCCUUUGUUUAUUCGCACAAAGGAACCAACAAAGCAGGGUAUAUUAGAGAGUCAUAAUGGGGUAAUGGCUUUUACGGCUUAAAUAAAAGGUUGGCCAUUUUUACGCCGAAGGUUAAUUUCCGUGAUGAUUGACAGAAUAUUCUUUGCAAC